AGUCUAUACAUAUAGUGCUGCGUAGUGAUAUUGGUAUUUUAAAGUGACAGGUUGCCGCGGAAUUUGACUGCACUUCCGCUGUAAACACAGCUGUGCACACUUGAUCAUUGAGACAUUUGAGUUUAAUUACAACAGCAUGUGUGUGACUGGGUGGCCAGCAUGAGACUGUCCUGUGAGGUGGAUGUCGUUAACAGACUGCUACCCUCGCACAAUGUCCGUAAGGCCAAGAGGGGGUGUCAUGCCCAGGUGUCUCUUGGGCGAAAGCCAGCUGCCAGUGCCUCUCGAUCUGGCAGUCAACUGUUCCUUAUGGUGUGUACCGCAAAAGACAGGAAUGGUGCAAAGUAUGUGAUAAAGAAUAAUGUCAGUCAGGUGUUUGCAAAAUUUGUGAAUGAAGGAAAGGCAACCAUUCGAUUCAGGGAGCCAGAAGAAGAUCUGUGUUUAAGCAGGGCUGACCCCUUACAACUGAAGAGUUUGUUGUCACUGGUGCGAGCAGGUGCCCAGGGCCAGGAUCUAGAUAGAGUCACCUUGUCCUCACUUGCACCAGCGUCCACUAAGCAGGUGGAGAAACCAAGGACUGAGCUGACUGUGACGUCCAGGAAGGAGUACCCAGUGACCAGCCGAUUCCCGGCCAGCCUGGAGGUGCUCACUGUCCACUCCUGUGGCAUGAAGCGCCUCGACCCCCGCAUCUUGCAUCUGUCCAGAAUACACACACUUGACCUGAGUCUGAAUGCUCUCACAUCCCUCCCAGAUGACUGGGGUAGACUCAGCUGUGUGAGCACACUCAUCCUCACUGACAACCAACUGUCAGAGAUACCCUCUGCUCUGUGGAAGAGCCAGUUGUGUGAGACCAUUGCCGUGUUGGAUGUUCGUAACAACCAUAUAGCAACCAUUCCCCUUCAGAUAUGUGAGCUCCACAAACUGGCCUGUCUCAGACUUGAUAACAAUGGUUUUGAUUCACUGCCACCGACUAUUGGCAAGCUUACCAACUUGAAAGAACUGGCCGUUGCGCAAAAUAAGAUAAAGGUCCUUCCAGCAGGAUUUGCCCAACUCCGACUUGAAAAUCUGGAUGUGUCAGACAAUCCAUUUGACCUGAGUGUGGAAGGUGUGACAGGAGAAGAGCGACUUGUGUUCCCCACCUUGAUGGAGUGUGUGGCAAGAGCCAUCAGAAAAUACAGGAUCCCCUACACUGAAGAAGACUUGUUCCCCCAACUGUUCCACUACCUGGCUGCAGCCCGCCAGUGCUGGUGUGGCAACUUCUGUUUCACCUGCAGUGCUCGUUACUUCAGUCAUGUCAGUCUGCGUCACUUAGUGAGCAACAGUUACAGUGCCAGCCCAGGAAUCACUACUGCUCCAAUAGAGGGCUUUCUCUGUUCCCAACAUUGUCUGACACGCUUCAAGAACAACCCAAGGGCAUACUGGAGGAAUUAAAAUUAACACUUACAUCUUUUAUUCGUCAAUGUCAAGGUGCUGCUAAGAUGCUUCUAUCAAUAAUGUCAUUGAAACCUUCAUAUUUGGUGAGUUGUCAGGCAACAUCAGUGAAAGAUUUGUUAAACCUCAUCAUGAAAACCAGAAUUUUUUUUAAAAGGACAAACAGAUUGCAAUUCAAGGUUGUUCAAUAUUGGCACUCACUUGUAGCAUUGUAGGAAUUUUUGUUCUUGCAGCAAAAUCACAAAAGGGACACAAGCUAUAAAUAAACAAAAGACUUCCAAAA